CUCUCGGCGCGCUUUGCGUCGUCAGUGAAGUUCCUGAUCCGCUGCAGACGAGCAGUGCGCCGCAAACAUCCACCCUCUCCAAAGAGGAACAGACAGGAAGACCGAGCACCAUGAGCGGAUUUCACAGCUGAAAAUCCUUAAGGGUGAGCACACUGACAACUACAUGCGGGACGAACUCUGGUAGAAAAGAAGAAAAAAAAAGGAAGAGAAAAGAGCGGAAUGUUGCCUGAGAAGCAAACCGGGAAGGGAAGGAGGACGACGCUGUGAGAACGGAUCUUUCCUGCCAGGCUUCAGACCACCUCAGCGCUCCACGGGAGGAGAGGGACGGGGAGAACCGAAGCAGAGGAGGGGGUAAAAAUGCUCAAAGUUUGGCCGUGUGGUGGACAACAGCUGCAGAAAAUGAGCAUCAUUUAAACGAAGAAUGCAUGUCGUUUGGGAUAUAUCUGUGAUUCUGCAAACAUAUAUCAUCUGCACUUCAUCAGGUCAGCCUAUUACAUCCAAGCUUGAUGCGGGUUGGUGGGCUUAUAAGGACGUUGUCCAGGGAAGCUUUGUUCCAGUCCCAUCCUUCUGGGGUCUGGUGAACUCGGCCUGGAACCUGUGUGCCAUAGGGAAGAGGCAGUCGCCCAUCGACAUUGAGACCACUCACAUGAUCUUCGACCCCUAUCUGACCCCUCUGAGGCUCAACACCGGAGGACGCAAGAUGGGCGGGACCAUGUACAACACAGGGAAGCACGUAUCCUUGCGGCCGGAUAAGGCCCACCUGGUGAACAUCUCUGGGGGCCCGCUGGGCUACAGCUACCGGCUGGAGGAGAUCCGCCUCCACUUUGGGAGCGAAGACUCUCACGGCUCAGAGCACCUCCUGAAUGGGCAAGGCUUUCCUGGAGAGGUCCAGCUGAUCCAUUACAACCAGGAUCUGUACACCAACUACACCGAGGCAGCGAAGAGUCCUCACGGCAUCGCUGUGGUCUCCAUCUUUAUAAAGCUCUCUGAAAACUCCAACGCCUUCCUCAACCGCAUGCUCAAUAGAGACACCAUCACCAGAAUUAACUACAAACACGAUGCGUUCCUAUUGAUGGGCCUGAAUAUAGCCGACCUGUACCCUGACACCACCCGCUACAUCACCUACGAGGGCUCCAUCACCAUCCCUCCCUGCUACGAGACGGCCACGUGGAUCCUCAUCAACAAGCCCAUCUACGUGACACAGAUGCAGAUGCACUCCCUGCGCCUGCUCAGCCAGAACGAGCCCUACAAGAUCUUCCUGAGCAUGAGCGACAACACGCGGCCCACCCAGCCUCUGCUGCAGCGCUGCAUCCGCACCAACAUCAACUUCAGCAAGCAGGGCCGCGACUGCCCCAACAACCGAGCCCUCCGCCCACAGUACAGAGUGAAUCAGUGGCUCCUGAAGUAGAAGAUGAAAACGUGACGCUACUGUGCCACGAGAGGAGAAGAGGCAGGAAUCAUUCAAGUCUAUUUCACACUGCCGAGCCGAGCUGAGCUGAACAAACGAGAGAUGAACUGAAUGAAAAGCACAAGAGCUGCACUAAAGACAGCUUAACUAAACCGAUGAUAUCAGCGGAGCUCAACUGACCGAACUCUAAACUAACUGCUGUGCCGGCCUCCUACACAUCCACCGUCUAACACAAGUCAUUGGAGGCUGCACAGCGAGGGUACAGAUCAGUCCAAAGUGUGAAAUAGACCAUAAGGACUCUGAUGUCUACACUGUACUGUGUUUUUAUUUGUUGUGUGAACUCACAAAGACUGAUGUAAAGAUUCAAUCAUUUCCUGGCUGCUGUUCAGAGGGCUGGAUGUGUUUUAAAGACAACACUGCGAGAUGUUUGGCUGUGAUCAUCACUCGUCUACAUUCAAAUCCUGGCUACAGAAAGCAAUUAUGAAAAAUACCAUCCACUCACAGGAGGAAUUACCACAUUUCCACUGAUGCUCUGAACCCCCGGCGACAGAGAAGCACUCAGCUGUGGGAUGAUGAUGUGAGACAUAAAAAUGUGCCGGUCCUGAUAUCAAAUGGUAACUAAGGAAGGUAAUUUUCAAAGAGAAUGUGAGACGUGUGAAUAUCAGGUUACAUAGCUAAAGGGUGAGAAUAAGAGGAAGAGACUCCAACUCUGACAUUUCCCAGACCUGAACAGAUGGAGCCAGCGGAGAUCUGAAAGGGAUGGCCGACUCGCUUUGCAUGAUUUUGAAAUAGUUCACUCAGCUUCAUGGUAUUCAAUUAAAAUGACAGAGAUCACUUCACACCAGGUCCUUGCUUUUCACAGGAACAUAAAAGGAAGGCCUCCACUCCAAAAAUCCAAGAGUUAGCGGUGAGAGACACCAAAAACAUUCCAUUUGUACUGAAAACGGCUAAUUCUACAAAGCCAGUGAUCAGAAAAUUGACCAUUUGCUAAAUCCCUGCCCUAAACAUGGCACAUCUGUCAAAUUAUCAGCACUAUGUUUGUCAUCUGGUCACAGUAAAAACAAGCCACAGAGUCAGUGUAGGGAGGACAGAUGGGUUAAGAAAUAAAACACUGUUUCCUGUUUCAGACCAAUAUUCAGCCAUUGUUCUUUCAGUCUUUACUUGUCCGUAAUCAUAAAGCAAAGGUCUUCUAACCCAAAACAACAACUUAGCACUUAGCUUAGUUACUCUACUCUCACAAUACAAUGCUAGUGCUGCUCAAUCCUUGUCUUCUACAUGGAUUAUCAGCAGUGAGGACACUUGCUUUUUGCCUUAAUGAUCGAUUCCUGCAUUUAUGAUUUCACCUCAUUGGACAGUUCCCAACUGCCUCAACCAAUAAACACAAACAAGCCAGAGAGACACAAAAAUCUGCAGUUCUGUGUUGAGCUUAUUCUAUCUAACGGGCUAAUUUUUAACUCAAAACAUAAAUAAUAGCUACUAUACGGGACUAAAUUGCAGAGCUGUGGUCAAUAAAAGAAAAUCUUGAUUGACUGAUCCACCUGUUAGCCAUAUAAGUCUAAAUUCUAAUUAGACAUAGAAAGCUAGUAUUUGAAGCAUAUUAAAUCAUCUUCUUUUGUUAUUUAAUACUAAAAUGAUGAUAACACACCGACUCCGAUGAGUAAACGUUGAGUAAACAUAAAUCAAGUCUUGUGUAGCAGACUCUGUGGGGUUGGGGAAGUUCAAAGUUGCUCGGCUGCUGACAGGUAGUCUUUUCUUAUUGCCACCAGAAAACAAGAAAAGCACUCAGAGAGAGCAGUAUUCCACCAACGCUGCUCAGUCGAUGUAGGAUUUUCGACAGAUAAGUCCUCAGAACUUGUCCAAACUUUGUCCAGAACUUGCUCAAAAAAAUCCUCUUUUCCUGUUCACAAUCUGUCCAAAAUGAGUUCAACAUCUGGGAUGGCGCAGAAAACGAUAAAAACACGUCCAGAAUGGCUCAAAUUUGACCUGUUGUUGCAAAAAGUUGUCAAAAAUGCCCCCAAAAUAUGUGCAAAAUUUCUAGAAAUGACUCACAUUUGUCCAGAACUUGCUCAAAAAUCCUCCUUAACUGUUUAAAUCUGUCCAAAAUCAAUUAAUUAUCUCGGAUGGAUAAAAAGGGUUAAAAAAUGACUAGAAAUGGUCCAAAAUGGCUUUAAAAUGUCUUCAAACGCUUAAAAUGUUCUUUAAAACAUUAAGAAUUAUUCACAGUUACAGUUUUAUAAACAUUCAUGGUACUAAGUGGUGGAUUUGUAGGAGGAUCACAAUCAGCUGAUGUAGUGUCCACUGGUUGUCACGGUUACAGUGACGCUGUGCCGCUAUCUCACAGUGAUAGAGAAAUCUUUAACAAAUCCAUGGAUCCAGACUGUAAGCCGCAUCACUACCAAAAUCUAGUCAGUUGGUCCUUGUGUCAUUUCUGACCUUCCCUGAAGAUUUCAUCCAAAUCAGUUUGUGAGUAACGUUGCACACAGACGGAAUAACGGAUGGACAAAUGUACGGUGAUCGUCACGUAACUCCUCCACGUUGAACCGAUGAGGAUCUGGUCCAAUGGGACGUGAUAUCGACGAACCGAUCUACCAGGUGACCUGGAGCUAACAGUAAUAACACUGAGUGACGUUUGUUUAAUUGCAGAGGUGGACAUGUGGCGGUUUAAAGUACUUAUUCAAUCUAGAACUACAUUGGAUUUCAGUGUUUAAUUACCUUUAACAGCAGACUUCAGCAGACGUGAGUCAUUCAUGUUGCUUUUUCUGUCGUUUCUCUUUUAGUGCCAACUCAGAUUGAUCAGAGCUUUCAGGGAGAAAAUGACUUUCUCUGAAGAAGCACUCAGUUUUCAAGAGAUUUCAACAACUUGGAAAAAAAACUGAAAAUCUGUGGUUAAAGACUUAGUGGAUAAAUCUGUCUGUUGUUAAUGCAGACUGCAUAUGUGCCAUGAGAGAACAGAAAGUCUGACGUGUCGCAAAAGAAGGGGACGGGGUUUAGAGAAUGGUCAAUUGGACAUGAGGUGUUGAGUCAGAUUCAACAAAAGCUACACAAACAGACACAGCAAAGGUAAAGUGACGUUUAAGAUCGAUGUGCUACAGUGUAAUCCAAAGGUCUGAUUAAAAGACAGCAUUUCUGUCACUUUAAAUCAUGUUGUUGAGUAAAAUAUUAAAGGAAAACCACACUGUUAUUGAUCAUUCUGUUAUUAAAGUCACCUUCAUAUUUUGUUCAGAUGUAUUAUGUAUUAUCAAGAUGCAGAUAUUACUGUCUGAAAUAUUAAAGAUGCUCUGUGGAGUUUCCUCAUUAAAAAACAGCAGCCAGUUUUCCGUUCUCACCAACACCUUCAUCCUUCACGCUUUGUGAACGCGUUGGAUCCUUUUCCGUCCUCAUAAAACAUCUGUAUGCUGGAUUUUUUUGGAAACCGGUGUUGUUUAUGUUCCUGUUUGUCAGCAUCACUUCCACCUACAGUAAAUAUAUCAGUGGAAAAAGUGUCACUCCAUUGGCAUCGUCUGCUAAGCAAAACCGAACUCGUACGUCAAAAACUCCACAGGGUACCUUUUAACAGAUCUCAGGUUCACAGUAAAGGUUUUCAUGGGUUGAACCUCAUCCUCAUCAGAAAUAAUGAAAAGUCUCCUUGGAGCCAUUCAGGUAAUGAACACAGACUCCCUGCAUAUAAUAUGAACCCGCCUCGGCUGUGGGGUCUCGAAACCGAACGGACUGAAGAAGACUUUGGUCGGCGCGUGAAAUUCCAACGUGACGAUUUGUAAAAUGGGUGCAUGUUCUGGAUGGACGUCAUUGAUGACACAACCGAUCAUUAGCUUGUUGGAUUGUUUUUUCAGUUUGCUGUGAUGUUGUAUCAUGAAGGAAACAACUCUGGGUCUUUCUGUUUGUUUAAUUAAAAAAAAUCAAAUGUAACUGUCAUAAAUACAUGGACGUGUAACGACGGUGGAGAUCAGCUGUCGUAUCUAGCUAAGCGAUGGAAUUCACACUUAUAAAAUUAUACCAUUUCUUUUGGGGUAGCCUGAAAUAUAACUUAUGGUAUACUUUGAGUGGUACUGUAAAUAUGGUUUUAGCUGGAUUACAAUGGAAAUACAUACAUUUUUGAACAAAAAUAAAUGCUGUUGUUGUAUGUUUAAA